AUACCUACAUAUGUCAAUGUCAAUGUUUGGCAGUGUUGCGCAGUGUAUAAAAACCCUCUGUGUUAGUAAAUGGAAAGCAACUUAAUGCUAAAUUGAGUAAAUUGUAAAUGAGUAUAUGACACGUCAGGCUACUCGUUGUUCUUGCGCGCUCAUCUAGCGCCUUAGAUAAAUUUUCUUAUUUAAAACGUAUAAUGUAAAUUAUUUAAUAUGGGUGGACAAAAAUUUGAAUAUGAUGAAAGUGGAGCGACAUACUUUUACUUUGUUUUAUCAUUCCUAGCUCUAAUAUUGGUGCCGGCGACAUUUUAUUAUUGGCCAAGAAAAAGGAAAGAAGAUCCAGCAAAACAAGCAGAACAAUGCCAGUGUCCACAAUGCAAACAGAAAAAAAUAAUUAUAGAACAGUCCCAACCAUACAAAAAGGUCAAAAAUUUCUUUAUCAUGCUAGCAAUUAUAUCAGGAUGGUUACUGUUUGCCUUUAUUGCUAUGAAAGUGUCACAAUUUGAUUAUGAGAUGUCUAAUUUUGAUCCUUAUGAAAUAUUGGGAUUACCUCCUGGAGCAACACAAGGUGAAAUUAAAAAGUCUUAUAGGAAACAAUCUUUAAUACUUCACCCAGAUAAGGAAACAGGAGAUGAGAAAGCUUUUAUGAGAUUAACUAAAGCAUAUCAAGCUCUCACUGAUGAUGAAGCAAGGCGUAAUUGGGAGAAAUAUGGUAAUCCUGAUGGUCCUGGAGCUAUGAGUUUCGGUAUUGCCUUACCUAGUUGGAUUGUAGAAAAGGAGAACAGUGUUUGGGUUCUCGGACUCUAUGCUCUAGUGUUUAUGGUUGCAUUACCUACUGCUGUUGGUACAUGGUGGUAUCGCUCAAUCCGGUUUUCAGGGGAACAAGUAUUGUUAGAUACAACACAAAUGUAUUUCUACUUCUGCCACAAGACACCUUCCAUGCCUUUGAAGAGAGCUCUCAUGAUUUUAGCAGCAUCUUGUGAAUUUGAUAGACGCCAUAAUUCAGAAAUUAUUGAAAGAAUAACUGAUAAUGAAGAAGUUCCUAUGUUACUACGUGAACUGCCAAAUUUGGGUGAAAAGAAUAAGGAACAACCUCUGUGUCGUCCGUACAGUAUAAAGGCUCGAGCUUUGCUGCAUGCCCAUCUGCUUCGUAUGAGCUUACCUCAAGACACACUAGAAGUCGAUCGUCGGUACAUCGUGUCGCGUUGUCCUGAUCUCAUUGUAGAGAUGGUGAACUGUGUUAAUCAGCUGAUUGCACUUGCGUAUGCUAGAAGAAUCCCUCGUUUACCAACUAUUGGAACAAUUGAAAAUGUUAUGAAGCUAUCACCAAUGAUUGUCCAGGGUCUAUGGGAAAAAAAAUCGCCUUUAUUACAACUGCCUUAUAUAACAGAUGAUCACUUAAAGUACUUUGUGAGCCGUAAAAAGCCUGUCAAGUCUUUGCUGCAACUUGCUCAACUAACUGGUGAAGAUAGAAGACAUGUCUUGAGGUUUUUAAAUGAUAAACAGUAUGAGGAUGUAGUGAAAGUGUUAGGCAAUAUGCCUUAUAUUCACUUCCAAGUGAACACUGAAGUAAUUGAUGAUGAGAACUCAACGGUAGUGACAGCGGGCGCCAUAGUUACUGUAACAGUUUUCCUACGUAGAACUAACAUGAAAGAGCUCUUUGGGGAUACAAGUGUAAAGGAAAAGAAUACAAUGAAGAAUGAUGAACAGGGUGGUGGAGAGAAUGGAGAAAAUGACAAAAACGAAAAAACCGAAAAGAACGACAAGAAGGACAGUCAGAAGCGACCAGUUUGGAUGAAACAAAAGAAACAUGUUCCGGCUAAGAAGGGUAAAAAAGCAGCGCCAAAGCAGGCUAAGGCCGCGCCAGCAACCGCCCCCACUCCUAACCCCCCGCCCGCGACCGCUGAGAAAACCAAGGAAAAAGACCCAAAGAAAAAAGACGAGGAAGGUCAAGGUGAUGAAUCCGACGAGGGUAGUUCCGACGAGUCGAGGUCGUACAGCGAAGGAUCGGGCGACGAGUCGCGCGACAAGUCGUCGCCGGACGCUGAGGACGACGACCAGUGGGAAAAGUUCCAGAAACGGAUACAAAAACGCGAACGACUCGAGGGACGCUCAAAAAGCUCGCAUCCAGUGCACUGUCCUUAUUUCCCGUUGGAGAAGCAGGAGUACUGGUGGUGCUACAUCUGCGACCGCAAGUCCAACACGCUGCUGACGGCGCCGGCGCACGUGACGGCGCUGGUGGACGCGCACGAGCUGCAGCUGCGCUUCACGGCGCCGCGCUGGCCCGGCCUCUACACCUUCGCCUGCUGCCUGCGCUCCGAUUCGUAUAUAAAAAUGGAGCAGGAGCAAGAUAUUAAGUUAGACGUGAAAGGCGCUGCCGCAGUACCUGCAGAGCACCCGCAAUGGGAUAUUAGCGAUUCAGACUCGGAAAAUAACGAUGAGGGCGCCAACGAAAGUGAGUUUACAACAGACGACGAGGUGGAAGAGGAGUAAAAAAAUAAUAAGUUAUUUUUAUAGAGUUUUUAAUAAGGUGUAUGUGGAAUAAACUUGUUGUAUGGUUUGUGAACGGUUGAAUAUAGUAACUUUUAUAUUCAAA